ACUUGUACACAUUCAUCUACUCUACCUCCAACAAAGCUUAAUUGACAAUUAAGAGACAGCGAAAACCAACGGCCGGUAAAUCGACAGACAAAACGAACACAGCAAUGUUAUGAUCGCUACGAUGAUGACAGCAAUCAUUGUCGCCGACAGCAACAACAACAACAAAGCAGCAACACAAAUUUGUGUUUUUUCCUUUGCAUUACAAAGGCAAAAGUGUGAUUGCACCUUUAACAACAGUAGUGUUAAAUUGAGUUUAGAAGAGAGAACAUCAGCCGAGAGCGCGGACAUUGUAAAUAGUUCAAGAAAUGUGGUUUUUAAAGGGAAUUUUGAACAGAAUUUCAUAAAAAUGAAUUUGAAAUUAUCAUUGGGACACAAUUUGAGUUGCAAAAUAUGCCACAAAGCUUUUGCCAAUGUCUAUCGCCUGCAACGUCACAUGAUUAGCCACGAUGAGUCGGCUUUAUUGCGCAAAUUCAAGUGUAAUCAAUGUGAUAAGGCCUUCAAGUUUAAGCAUCACCUCAAGGAACAUGUGCGCAUACAUUCCGGCGAAAAGCCAUUUGGUUGUGAUAACUGUGGCAAACGUUUCUCGCAUUCCGGCUCCUUCUCAUCGCACAUGACCUCCAAGAAAUGUAUUAGCAUGGGUCUGAAGCUCAAUAACAGUCGUAAUCAUUUAAAAUCCGCCAACGCAUCACCGAACAGUCUUAAAAUAUCCUCGCCAAAUGGUAAAAGUGAUGCAGCCAAUAACAUUGUCAACAACUUAACCAAUCCCAUGAACUAUUUUGCUGGGGAUUCAAGUACUGCUGCCGCCGGCACCCCUCCAACCAAUCCAUUCUAUUCAAAUUUGCUACCCAAAUAUGGUGAUUAUAAUAGUGCCAUGAAUGCUGCCCUACUAGCAUCAUUCCCCAAUCCAUUCUAUAGCAUGGCAUUGGAUCCGCGUAUACACCCAUAUAGUAUACAACGUUUAUUGGAAUUGACUGCUGCUGGACAGCAGCAACAGCAUAACAAUCAGGAGUCCGAACAACAGUCUCAAACACUAACACCACCACCACAAUUCGGCCAUCAAAAUGAUGAGGCUGAGGAAGAAGAGGAAAAUAGCAAAGAUUUGAAAAUUUCCAACAGCAGUAAUGCCGAUGAAGAAGAAGACAUACACUCAGAAACUUUGGACCUAAAUGAAGAAGAUAAUCUGGACGAACCAAAAUUGGUAAUGGAUUUGGAGGCCAGCGAAGGGGAUAACAAGGAAACCGAACAGAACACCUCAAUCAACAGUCAAGAAAAUGAAAUGAAGUUAAAGAAUCUCACCAAGAAACACAAGAAAACGAGGAAUUUGAGCUCCGGUAAUAUUACCACACAAAUUAAACAGGAAAACCUGGAAGAAUCUGAAGAGCAAUUAGAAAUCGCUGAAAAGGAAGAGGAAUCGGUAGAAGUGGAAAAGCCCUCCGAAGAUCAGAAUAACAGCUCAAUUGCCGAACUACGUUGCAGCCGUUGUGAUAAGAAAUUUAAUCAUCCCACAGAAUUGGUACAACACGAAAAGGUAUUAUGUGGCUUUAUUAAACAGGAAUUGGAGCAACAAUAUCAGCAGCAGCAGCAACAAGUUUUGGACCAAUCCCAAAACUCCAGCUCCUUUAUGGCUGCUAGUGAUGUUGAAGAUGAGCAGGAUGAACGUGAUUCAAUUUCACGUAAUGAUUGUUCCAGUGGCGGGGAAAGUAAUGCCGAACGUAAGGUCCGUGUUCGCACUGCCAUUACCGAGGAACAGCAGCAACAUCUCAAGCAACAUUAUGCCAUCAAUUCCCGACCGAGUCGUGAAGAAUUCCGUUUGAUUGCCUCUCGUUUGCAACUUGAUGCUCGCGUUGUACAGGUGUGGUUCCAAAAUAAUCGCUCGCGUGAACGUAAAAUGCAAUAUAACAACAUUAACAAUAAUAACAAUAACCUGAAAGCUGCAUUCCCCUUGCCCCCGUUGCCACCAAUGGCUGGCACAGGACAAACGCAAAAUUUCGAAGAAGCUCCUUUAAGCAAACCUGUUACAAAUUCCGAAGAGUUGCCAUUGGAUUUAUCGGUGAAGCCUCAACGAAAUUCCAGUAAUGGUCAACAGCAACAUUCUCCGUUAUAUGGUAUUGCUCCACUGCAGACAGCAAAUGCCAAUGUGGCUGGAGAUUUGGCCGAAGCCAUUAAUCUAAGCCGCAAAAUGUCACCGCCCACCUCAUUAUCGCCCAACUCUGCUGCCUCCGUGCCAGCAGUUUUCAAGCAACAAGCUCAAGCUGCAGCUGCUGCCGCGGCUCUCUAUUUUGCAGCACCCUCGCAGGCAAAUGGUGCACCCAACUUACCUCACAAUAUGCGCCAGACGCCCUCACCCAUUGAAGCUCCGCUCUUGGGUCCCCAACAGACUUCUACGCCACGUGGUGCUGCUGCAUUCCCUUCAUUCUCUCAAUUACCUCCAUACAUGAUGCCCGCUGCCAUGGCAGCUGCCCAACGCAGUCUUAUGCCCAUGGAAGCUCUAUUUCAAAUGACGCCCGGCUCAGCAGACUAUGCCCGUCAACAUCCGCUAAUGAACAGUAUUAAAAUGGGUCCCACUCUCGACUUCAGAGGCAACAGUCUAAGUCCUAACUCCGAGAAACGUUCAUGGCGUGAUGAUGAUUCACGGAUAUCACAUGAAGAUGAAUACGCCCACGCUCAGGCCCAAGCAGCGGCCGCCCUUAUGCCACCCAAACCCAAGCGGGCCAAGGCCGAGACCCAUGGCCAUGCCGGUGAUCCUGAUUUGCCUUUCAUUUGUGAUCAAUGUGAUAAAGCAUUUGCUAAACAAAGCUCGCUGGCGAGACAUAAGUAUGAGCAUUCCGGCCAACGUCCCUAUCAGUGCAUGGACUGUCCCAAGGCUUUCAAGCACAAGCAUCAUUUGACGGAACACAAACGUUUGCAUAGCGGCGAAAAGCCCUUCCAAUGUUCCAAGUGCCUAAAACGUUUCUCACAUUCCGGCUCCUAUUCACAGCACAUGAACCACCGUUACUCCUACUGCAAACCAUACAGGGAAUAGGUAAGCGACAAUGGACAAUCGAAUGCCUGCGCCACAAAUAAUACUAAUGUCACCACUUCGUUGGGGUCGUCAAUGACUACUUCUGCGAGUGGGAUGGGUAAAUCUACAACAACGUCCACAAGACGCAAUUCAGCUAACCAUCAUGGUAUGUUGAAUAUGCAUGAGUUUCGUAAAAAAUUCAAUAUGGCUAAUGCGUUGCGUCAACAACAACAACAACAUCACAUACAUCAUUUACCUUCAAUGGCUGUGUUUCAGCAACAGCAAGCAGCCGUAAGACCACCGCCACACCUAAUGAAUAACUGGAAUCUGUUGAGUCCUUCAAACUUUACCAAUCCCAGGUCAGUGGGUCCACCUCAGUUACCAGGUCCUGCGUUAUUGCAUGGCAAUGUUGGUGUUCAUACCAUGACAUCGUCAAUGAAUAGAAAUCCUGGCUUCUUUGCAACUGGAUUUCCUCGCUUCAAUGGUCCCUCGCCAUCAAACGUGCAUACAAACUUACCGUCCUCCCAGCAACAACAUCAACAACAGCAGCAGCAACAUCAUUUUAACGCAUCCACGGCAUCAUCAACAAAUACCACGGCACAGUUCGAUUUUUAUAACCCAAAAAUCUUAAUGAAUUAAAAGAGCAAAAGAAUAGACGGGAAGAAGAACCCCCCAUUUCGAAAUAUUUAAACGAUUUUCUUUUUUAAUUUCAAAUUUCUUCAAAUUUUUGCGGAUCUAAAGAAAAACCCAAAUGCUAACUCCAAAUCGCACUUAAAAGCGUACUUAAUAUUAUAACAGACCAACUAAGAAUUUUUUGUAUUUUCUUAAAACUGAAAUGCUGAAAACCAAACGAUAUUCAUAUAUAUAUUUUUUUAAUUUUAAAUGAUUUUCGAUUUUUGUGCAGGCACAUAAGUUUUUUCCAUAUUUUCUGUUCAUGUUCAUAGUUAAAAUGUCUUACAUUUUCAAAUAUUUUUUUUUUUUUGAUUUUCAAAAGUUGCUGAAUUUAAAAACUAUUUCUAAAAAAAACCUUUCAUCUCGAAUUUAUUUUUUUUUUUUAAAUUUUAUUAGUUUUAUGUACUAUAAUAAUUAUAGUUUUUUUUUUUGUAAUUUUUAAGUUUGUAUAUUUGUUGUUUCUUUGUUUUUGUAUUUGGAAAGAAACAUUAUUCACUAGAGCUUCCUUUUGUUUAAUAUGUUUACAUAUAAUUUUUGUAUUAAUUUAAGCGAAGAGAAGUAAAGGCCAGUACCUUUAUCGAAAUACUCAUUGAAAAGUAUAGGUUAUUGUUUUUUUUGAAUCUAUAUAGUUAUAUAUAGGUAGGCGACUUUAUUUUUGUAGGUAUUAAAGUAUUGAUUUUUUUAAGUUAUUUUUUUCAUGAUUAUUUUAUAUGUUCAAUAUUAUUUGCAAUAAAUUACAAUGUUUUAUAUUUUACAAAACAAUUUUAAAUAUGCAAUAUUUUUCUUAUAAGCAUAACAUAUACGGCUGGGUUUCGAAGCAAUUAAUUUUUAUAUUUUAAAUGAUGUAUUUUCAAAACAUGAUCUGAAUGAGCAAUAUUAUACCAUAUGCGAUUGUGAAUAACAUCUUUGCAAAUCUGAUUAAAAUUCAGUUGAAUGUUUUAUUGAAGUCAUUGUUUAAAUAUUUUGUCCACAACAACAGGCUGGGUUUAAAGCAAUUUUUGAUUUCAAAAUUUCUCUCAAUACAAUAAGAAUUUUUUCUAUUAUACAAAUUAAGUGCGCAAUUUGAAAGUUACACCAAUAUUUUUUUAUUUUCAAAUAAAAACUGAAAUCAGUUAACAAUAAUAACAAAAAAAAAACACCCACCGCUCAAAGAAACCAAUAAAAAAAAUAAUAAUCAACAACAUUUUUGGUGUAAUAAAAAUAUAUAUUGAAAAAUUGGCUUUUAGAUUAAAAAUUAUUUUCAAAAUUUUCUUAGUUGAAACAAAUACCUAUACCAAAUCAUUCCAUUAAGAACUUUCAUUACAACACACAAGGGGUUUUUUCGAUUGCAUAAAUACCAAACAAAAAAUUGAAACCAAAACCAAUGAAAGUUUCUUGUUUUAGUUUUUUUUCUUUAUAAGAUAGAUUUGUAUGAAAAUGAAAUUAAUUAAAACUAAGCUUAAAACAGUUAAAAAAUAACUUAAACUUAUUCAUUUGGCCUUAUAUAUUAAAAAAAUAUUUAAUUAACUUAAAAAAAGGAAAGCUAGUUUUAAAUAAAAUUAAAUACAAAGAAAAACUUAAUUAUAUGAUACACAAAAUAGAGAUUUUUUCCUAAUGAUAUUAAACCAAUUUAAAAGAAAACAAAAACAUUUUCUUAAAAUAAAAGGAGUUGUGUUGUAAUUUAAACAAAAAAAUAAAUUUAUGUACAUGAGUAAAAAAUAAAUAUAGCAAAAUACUAAAAAUAUUUCAAAGGACAAUAAGAAAAAUAUACCAUACAAAAAAAAACUACACAAAUUUAUAACUAAACUGAAAAAGAAAAAAGAAGAAACUAAAAUAAAAACACAAAUAAUUUUCAAUAAUUUGCUUUUUAAAUAAUUUGUGGAUACAUAAAACUAACAACGAAUUACUAAACAAUAGGAGUCGCCAGGAACCCAACUUAAUUUAAAAAAAUCCUUGUGUUUCAAACUCAUUUAAGCUUUACAUUUAGUUUGUCCACCCUCCAAAAAAAUAUCCACCAAAAACAAACAAGGUUUCCAAAACAACGAAAAAAAAAGAAAAACAAUUAAUUACCACACCAAUCACCACCUCCAUGAAAAGGUCAAUACUCUAUACAUAAAUAUAUUUACAUAUAUGUUUUGUAAUAAAAAACUGCAUUUAUUUAUUAUUUUUAAAUAACAACUUGUUUAAAUUUACAACAUAAACUUAAUAAAUUUAAGUUCGGUUAAGUUGAAAACAUUUUUUUAAUAUACCAAAUAAAAAACCAAAAUUGUAUUUUGUUUAUAAAUAUGAAAAAACUACACACAAAGCUAGAAAAUCCAAAGACACUCUUGUACUAUAAACAACAAAUACACUUUAACUUAUGCUCAAAAUUGAAAUUAAUAACAAAUAAACUUAAAAUUAAAAAAAAAAAAAA